AUGAGGCUUGAUUUAUCUGGCAGGCUUCGGCAAGUUCUUGGUCACGCCAAGGAUCAUGCAUCUAUUGGCAGAGCUAUUGUACAAAACUACAAUGAGAAAGGCUUUUUUGACAUUGAAGUUGCAGUGGUUCGAGCCACUAGCCAUGAUGAUUGUCCUGUUGAUGACAAAACCAUGCACGAGAUACUCUUCCUUGUCUCUAACACUCCGGGAUCAAUUCCUUUUCUUGCUGAGCAGAUCUCACGCCGUCUAGCCAAGACGAGAGAUUGCUUAGUCGCGGGUAAAACUCUGUUGCUCAUCCACCGUCUCUUGCGUGGUAGCAGUCGCUGUAUCGAGCAGCAAUUGCAUAUUGCACACACCUCUGGUCAUCUCCAAAUAGGUUGCUGCUGGUUCAUGAUGAGCUCGGAUCCUCCAUCCUCUGCUUUUCUGCAGAACUAUGUAGCUUAUCUCCAAGAGAGAGUUGGAUGGAUCAUCAAUCAAGCUGGUAAGCUGGAACCUGUUAUGCCUGGUGGCACACAGUUUAGCCGUUACAAAGAGAAAUCCAUGGAUCUGGUGUUCCACAUCUUACCAAAGUGCCAGGAGUUCAUUGCAAAGGUGUUGAAGUGUUCACCGGUUAAUGCCUGUCCUAUCAAUAACCUGGUCCAAGCAGCUACAGGAAACAUCUUGAAAGAGAGUUUCCAAGUUUACAUGACCUAUUCUGAUGGGAUAGCCGCGCUGAUAAACAUGCUCUUUGAUCUGUCAAGACCCGCAAGAGAUUUAGCUUUCGCAAUGUUGAGAAAAGCCUCUCAACAAAUUCAAGAUCUCCGAGACUUGUAUGAAAAGUGCAGAGGAUUCCCUGGGAUGAGAAGCUUGGAUUAUCCAUCUGUGCAAGCCAUUACCAUGGAUCAUAUAAUUGCACUGGAUGAAUGCUCAAGCUAUACUCCUGCAAGUUCUGUAUUGAAUAGAAGUGGAGGCAAAAAGGGGUUCGCUGUCUCUACCAAUCUAAGAGAUCCAAGCACCUGCAUUGGACAAAGACAGGAAAAGUGUUGUGCCGGUUUUUCAUCUACCAGUCCUUUCUCUUUCCCAGUGGAGACCAAAGUCAGCAUGGUCUGGGUUGUUUUCGACAAUGAAGAUCGUGGAGAAUCGGACAAGUCAAUAGAGAAAUCAUAUGAAUGUUGA